AUGGCAGAGAUCAAGAAGAACCAAAGCGGAAGCCGCCAGCGCAAGUCCGUGGGAGGGGACCGCUCUGACCGCUCCGAUCGCUUGGACCGGUCCGACCGAGACCGGGGCGAUAAGAAGACGGCCAACAAGUGGAAGCGACCUGAGCCCAGCCCCACUCACGCUCGCCACAUGCACGACCGACUGCUGUUUUUGCUAGCCAAGUCCGUGGGUGAACACGUUACCGUUACCACCGCCUCCGGCGACUCUAUCCACGGCUUGCUGGAGGGAGCCUGCACUGAGGGCGACUUGGGAGUCAGCAUGCGGUUUGCUGACUCGGGGGCCAAGCAGCUGGUUUUCCAGCCCGAAGACAUUGUCGACGUGGCUGUGGCUCUAUCCGCGCCCUUACAGGUCGACCAGCGCAAGUUCCGAACCGACACAGACAUCAGUGGCCGGCGGGCAGUGGCUGAGCGAGAAUUGGAGCGAUGGACUCCGGAUGCCGACUCCGCCACCUCUGCUCUGACACUCGAGGAAUCGGGCACGGGCUCCUGGGACCAGUUUGCAGUCAACGCCGACCGAUUUGGAGUGCCCUCCACCUACGAUGAACACCUCUACACCACCCGUAUCAACACGGAAGGUCCCGACUACCAGGCCAAGAUGCGACGGGCCCAGCGAUUGGCAGACGAGAUUGAGGGCCAGACUGGAGGAAACGCGCAUCAGCGAGAGGAGCGAGGAGACACGGUGGAUGACUCGGGCAUGGACGAGGAAGACAAGUACUCGGGAGUGGACCGAACUAAGACCUAUGUUCCUCCUUCUCAGCGAGCCGAGCUGCCCCAUGACCCGGCCAUCAUUUCUGCCGGAGGACUCAGGAAGCCAAACCCCACAUCUUCCCAGCCGGACAUCAUGUCGAGACUGGAGCAGAAACUGGUGGACUCGGCUGCAGUGCCCAAGCGCAACCGAAUCCCCGGACUGCCUCUCAACGACCCCUCUGCAACAGCCGCUCCCUCGGCCUCCAAGAAACCCGGAUUCGAGAAGGAGCUGGCGUCCCGAUACCAAAAGUUCAUUGACUUAGAGCGAAACCGAAUGGUGUCGCAGAAGGAGGCUGCCAAAACUCACCAUGAUACCGCCCGGCUCAACGACCUGCGCAAGUUCUCACAGGAUUACAAGAUCAAUACCCCUGUUCCCGAGGACUUGCGUCCCAUCCUGGCCAAGGACAAGUCUCGAGACGUUUCCGAGACCACUUCCCCCGAGGCGGCCAAUGCACAUCUGGACCGAGUGGCUUCGCCCAUGUUCGACUCACUGUCCUCCAAGCUCUCGUCCAUCCAGAUGAGCCGGGAGGCCGACAAGAGCUCCGAAAAGUCGUCUUCACCAGCUGCCGCUGACAAGAAUGGUGGAACAGCUGCUGACAACAAGCCUGAACCCGUGGCUAAGUCGUCGCCAUCAAAACCCAAGUUCAAGAUGAACUUCAAGGCGCCCGAAUUCAAGCCCUUCACUCCCAAGGACACCAACGCCCAGCUGGCGACAGCAGCCGCUCCCGAGCCCAGCUCUCCAGCUUUCUUUUCUUCUACGCCAAAGACGGACCGGGCGCCUCUCAGCACCUUGUUCAACCCCUUCAAGAAACCCAAGGCCGAAAACACCCCCUUCCCUCGAGCAUUUGAGACCCACCCGACCUGGCACACCGUGGAAGCGGCAGCAGACUCCUCUGUUCUUUUCCCUCCCUUAGAGCAACUGACCAUGCAGCGCCCCUUCCUUCACAACGCCAUGUCUCCCCAGCGGGGCGGAGCCGUGAUGAUGCCGUUCUACCAGAUGCCUCAGGGAGUACCGCCCAUGAUGUAUCAGUAUGGCCCCCAAUUUGUGCAGCAACCUUUUGGACCUCCUGGUUACCGAGUUCCCAUGCCUCCUGGACAGCCCCCUCAGGGCUACAUGCGAUACCAGGGUUAG